AUGCGUCACGCUCUGAUCCUUGCUUUUGUGUGCGGUCUGUUGAUCGCCUUCGCCUCGGCCGGUUUGCUGGGCGGAGGAGGCGGUGGUGGGGGCUACGGAGGGGGCGGCGGUGGACAAGGAGGCUGGCAGCAGAACGGAGGAGGAGGCGGUCAUGGGGGCGGUGGACAAGGAGGCUAUGGCGGCGGUAGCCAAGGUGGACAUGGAGGCCAAGGAGGCUGGCAGAAGAAUGGCGGAGGCGGUGGUGGAGGUCAUGGAGGGGGCGGUCAUGGUGGGGGUGGAUAUGGGGGUGGUGGACAGGGCGGCUACGGAGGCGGUAGUCAAGGUGGCCAUGGACAGGGAGGCGGACAAGGGGGCUAUGGAGGCGGUGGCCAUGGAGGUGGCAGCAGGUCCUUGGCCGGAAACCGCGGAAAUUCCGUAUCCUGGCAGGGCACCAGUGGAGGCAACAACAAACACGGAGGAGGCGGCGGAGGAGGCGGUGGUCUUUACGGGGGCGGCGGCGGUGGUGGCAACAAGCAUCACGGCGGUGGUUGGUAA